AUGGCGACGACCCCUGUGUCUGUCGUCUGCGUCGGCAUGGCAGGCUCGGGGAAGACGACUUUCAUGCAGCGGAUAAACUCUUACCUCCAUUCUCAGAAAAACGUCCCCUACGUGCUGAACCUAGACCCCGCCGUGUACUCCGUCCCAUUCGAGAGCAACAUCGACAUUCGCGACUCGAUCAACUACAAAGAAGUCAUGAAGCAAUAUAAUCUCGGCCCUAACGGUGGUAUUCUGACAUCCCUGAACCUCUUCGCAACAAAGGUCGACCAAAUCAUAGCCCUUCUGGAGAAACGCGCCGCUCCGAACCCAAGCACACCUUCCGCAAAACCCAUCGAGCACAUUCUUGUUGAUACACCGGGACAGAUUGAGGUGUUUGUGUGGAGUGCAUCUGGUACAAUUUUUCUUGAAACCAUGGCAUCGUCGUUCCCGACUGUUAUCGCUUAUAUCAUUGAUACCCCCCGGACCAGCUCGACGAGUACCUUUAUGAGUAACAUGCUCUACGCCUGCAGUAUCCUGUACAAGACCAAGUUGCCGAUGAUCCUCGUGUUCAAUAAGACAGAUGUGCAAGAUGCGGAAUUUGCAAAGGAGUGGAUGACCGACUUUGACGCCUUCCAGCAGGCUCUACGAGAGGAAGAGGAGACUGGCGCGUUCGGAACGGAAGGCGGUGCUGGAGGAUUUGGUGCUGGGAGUGGAUACAUGGGGUCACUGCUUAAUAGCAUGAGUCUGAUGCUGGAGGAGUUCUAUCGCCAUUUGAGUGUUGUUGGUGUGAGCUCCAUGACAGGCGAUGGUGUUGAGGAUUUCUUUAAGGCCGUGGAAGAGAAGCGCCAGGAGUUCGAGCGCGAUUACAAGCCAGAACUAGAACGCAAGAAGAAAGAGCGUGAGGAAGCGCAAGCAAACCGGCGAGAGGAGGAAUUGGGCAAGUUGAUGAAGGAUAUGAAUAUGUCUGGGCCGAGCGGGCAACGGCGGUUUCAGGACACUGAGCCGGAGACUGUUAGCGAGGCUGAGGAGGAGGAGGAGGAGGAUGCAAAGGCUGAAGUGGAGGAUGAUGACGAUACGGAUGAUGAAAGUGCGGGUGCUCCUCGCGCUGGAGACGAUGAUGGGAUCUCGCAGCGGUACAGGAGCGCACUUUCAGACUCGCAGAAAGGCCCUGACCAUGAAGAUUACAGCUUUACCAGAUACCUGCGUGCUAAUAACAUCAAUGGGUGA